UUACCUUCUUCAACCCCUUUCACCUCUGAAGCACCACCGACAUCAGAAAACACCCUGUCAAUAUUCCUGCGCAAUUGUUUUCUCCUCCUCCUCCUCCUUCUUUAUAUUAUACAAUUCUUUCUCUUCGAGAAAAUCGACGUUUGUUCCUUUUAUUGAGACUCUUCCUUGUGUUGUCCACCCCAAGGAAGAAGAAGAAGAAGAAGCAGCUUUACGGUGUCAGAUUUCGUUUCUGCUAUUUGGGGCGUCGUUAUUCGUCUUCUUUCUUGCUUUUCAGCGGUAGCAGGUGUGGUGUGGGCCGUUUCUAAUGUCAGUGAAGGUGGCGAUUUCGAAGGCGGCCAAUCAAUGGCAUCCCGCUUUCUCUCCUAUCCUCCAUUGGCGUUUUGGGUUGCUCACAGCUUUGGUUCUCGUUGGAAUGGUCGUGGUAUGGAGUGUUGAUGCCUGCACUAUUAAGAACUUUAUUCAAGCUUGGAGGUCUCGUCAAGAUUUGCCCUUCGUGACUGCUAAGAACACUUAUAGGGAUUCCGGAAAACUAUACCAUAUCCCUAAAAGGCCUGUAGUUAGGGGACAUUCAAGUUGGAUUGCUAGUGAACUUGAACCCAACUUGACUUCUAAUCUUCUUGCCCGAUGGUCAGCUCGUGGAAGAGAGCCUUGCGAAGAUUCGAAGACAGUAGAAAUUGCAAUUCCUAGUCUGGAUGACGGGAAAGUAACAGAGCUUUUGGCUGGGGAUGUUUAUGAGUUUGUCUUUCAAGCAAUGGAUGAUUCUGGAAAACCUCGGUGUUCAGGUGGGGACUACUUCGAGACUGAUCUGUUAGGCGAAUCUUGGAAAUCUCGACCUUUGGUGAAGGAUUUCAACAAUGGUUCCUACUCUAUUUCACUUCAAGUUCAUCCAGAUUUUGAUGGGGUUUACGAUCUCACUAUAAUCCUCCUUUACAGACACUUUGAAGGCCUUAAAAUGACCCCAUGGAGAUUUGCUUAUGAUCGAGUGCUUCGCAAGAUUGCUAUCAGAUUCCACAGAAGCAGUGUUCAAUUACCAGAGCUGCAUGCUUGCAAAGAAUCAGACUUUACUAGGGAUGUCUGGAUUGGAAGGUGGACGAGGCACGCCAAAAAUGAUGACUGCGAAAUAAGUAAUGAUGGUAGGUAUCGAUGCCUAGCACCGGAUUUUCCUUGCAGAGCUCCAUGGUGUAAUGGUUCUUUGGGAACUCUGGAGAGCAAUGGUUGGGUGUACUCAGCACACUGCUCGUUCAAAAUGUUUUCAGCUGAUUCUGCUUGGAAUUGCUUGAAUAAUCGGUGGAUUUUCUUCUGGGGCGAUUCAAAUCACGUUGACACUAUACGCAAUUUGCUCAAUUUCAUUCUUGAUUUGCCUCAGAUACAUUCUGUCCCCAGGAGAUUUGAUAUGAACUUUUCAAACCCAAAAGACCAGUCUCAAACAGUUAGGAUUACAAGCAUCUUCAAUGGCCAUUGGAAUGAGACACAAAACUAUCUAGGACUGGAAUCCCUGCGAGAGGAAGGGUUUCAGAAUUUGCUAAGGAAGUACUUCUCUGAAGAUACAGUCCCAGACACCAUGAUCAUGAACUCUGGCUUGCACGAUGGUGCUCAUUCUCGCACUGUAAGAGCAUUUUCUUUUGAAGCAGAAAACGCAGCCUCGUUCUGGGCAGAUGUUAUGAAGCAAGUGAGGCAGAGAGGUUUGGCAUGGCCAAAGGUCUUUUACAGGGCCACAGUUGCAACUGGUGGACGUGCAAGAACACAAGUAUUCAAUCCUAACAAGAUGGAAGUGUUCAAUCAUAUAUUCUUGGAGAAGCUGAAGCAAGCUGGGGUUGUCUCUGGCGUGAUUGAUAACUUUGACAUCACAUUUCCUUGGCAUUAUAAUAAUCGGUACAGUGAUGGGGUUCACUAUGGAAGGCCUCCGGCGAAGAUGAAGUGGCGAGAUGGUCUCAUAGGGCAUCAUUAUUUUGUGGACCUCAUGUUAGCUCAUGUUCUGCUUAAUGCUAUGUGUGCAAGAUAAGCAUGAAGGUUCGAGUCAUAAGAGAUGGCCAUUUCUUAUUCUUGCCCUACGAGUAUAGAUCCUUAUAAUUAAUUAGGCUUGGCAUUCUUUUUUGUUCAUAGUCUUGUCCGCAAAAUUUCUUCACACAUACGGUUGUUGCACUUGUAGAUUAGCAGAGGAUUUUGA